UAUAUCAUUGGCAGAUAAGAGUCACUUUUUAGUUUCAAACUAAUCUCAAUGUGACCUCUAUCUCACUUCACUCUGCAAUUGCAUAGUGGCAUGUCAACUCUGAACAAGAAAAACAUUGCAGGCAAAGUAGCCGAUCUUCAUCAACUUAGACAGCUCCAUGCACAACUCGUCCUCCACUCCCACCACCACCGCAACCACUGGGUGGCGCUUCUCCUUACCGAAUGCACGCGCCUCCUUGCACCCUCAAACUACACCUACCACAUUUUUCAUUUAGCAACAUAUCCCAAUGCUCAUGUCUUCACCUGCAUGCUCAGAUAUUACUCCCAAAUCUCUGCUACCACAGAAGUUACUUCUUUCUUCAAACACAUACGAUACUACGACAUUAAGCCCGAUGCAUCGUUUUAUCUGGUUUUGAUCAAAUCUGCAGGAAAGGCCAGCGCGCUACUUCACGCUCAUUUACUCAAACUAGGACAUUGUCGCGAUCAUCAUGUCCGAAAUGCAAUUAUGGUUACGUAUGCUAAGUCUGGACAUAUUGAGGUUGCCAGGAAACUGUUCGAUGAAAUGCUCGACAGAACUGUUGCAGAUUGGAACGUCAUGAUCUCUGGAUAUUGGAAUUGCGGGAAUGGAGAUGAGGCCAGUAGACUUUUUCGCACGAUGGGCGAGUCGGAAAGGAAUGUUAUUACUUGGACCGCCAUGGUAACUGGACACGCAAAGAUGGGGAAUUUAAAGGUUGCAAGGAGAUAUUUUGAAAAGAUGCCAGAAAGAAGUGUGGUAUCAUGGAAUGCAAUGCUAUCAGGAUACACUCGGAGUGGAGCAGCACAAGAGACUGUAAGAUUGUUUAAUGAGAUGCUUAGCUCUGGUAAUGAACCAGAUGAAACAACUUGGGUGAUUGUCCUGUCAUCUUGCUCAUUACUUGGUGAUCCUUGUCUUGCUGAGUCAAUUGUCGAAAAGUUAGGCAAAAUGAAGUUUCGUUCAAAUUAUUUUGUCAAGACAGCUCUUCUUGAUAUGCAUGCGAAGUGUGGUAACCUUGAGGAAGCUCAGAAGAUUUUUGACCAAUUGGGUCUGUGUAAGAAUUCUGUCACAUGGAAUGUCAUGAUUUGCGCUUAUGCAAGAGUGGGUAAUUUAUCUAUGGCAAGAGAACUUUUUAAUAAGAUGCCAGAAAGGAACACUGUAUCAUGGAAUUCGAUGAUUGGUGGUUAUGCUCAAAAUGGCGAGUCACUAAAGGCAAUCGAGCUGUUCAAGGAAAUGAUAUGGAGUAAAGAUUCAAAACCAGAUGAGGUGACUAUGGUGAUUGUUUUUUCUGCCUGUGGACACCUUGGAAGACUGGGCUUAGGGAAUUGGGCUGUCAGUAUCCUCAAUGAAAAUCAUAUCAAGCUUAGUAUCUCUGGAUAUAAUUCUUUGAUUUUCAUGUACUUAAGAUGUGGAGAUUUGGAAGAUGCAAGAAUAGUAUUUCAAAAAAUGGAAAACAGAGAUCUAGUUUCCUAUAACACGUUGAUUUCCGGGCUAGCAGCACAUGGGCAUGGAACGGAAAGCAUCAAGCUAAUGUCAAAAAUGAAAGAAGAUGGUAUUGAACCAGACCGCAUAACAUAUAUUGGGGUAUUGACUGCAUGCAGUCAUGCAGGAUUAUUGGAGGAGGGUUGGGAAGUUUUUGAAUCAAUCAAAGUUCCUGAUGUAGACCACUAUGCAUGUAUGAUUGAUAUGCUAGGUCGAGUAGGUAAAUUAGAAGAGGCUAUGAAGUUGAUUCAAAGAAUGCCAAUGGAGCCCCAUGCUGGCAUUUAUGGUUCUCUUUUAAAUGCUACCAGCAUUCACAAGCAAGUUGAACUCGGGGAACUUGCUGCAGAUAAAUUGUUCAAGGUUGAACCACAUAAUUCUGGAAAUUACGUGUUGCUUUCCAACAUAUAUGCUUUGGCUGGUAGGUGGAAAGAUGUUGACAAAGUUAGGGAUAACAUGAGAAAACAGGGAGUGAAGAAAACAACAGCUAGGAGCUGGGUGGAGCAUAGCUCGUAAGUUCAUCGUUAGAAAACAUACCACAUGAAUAUCAUAUAUUUAUAAUGUCUAAGAAAUCUCAAGGUUAAGUUGAGGAAGGCAGGAUAUAUAUGUUGAAGUAUAAAGGGAAAGUAGGGAAAUUUUAAUAAUUAUUGAAGAAUUGAAGAAAAUUAGAAAAGUACAAAAACGUUUUAUUUAUUGUUGUAUUAAGUAAUAUCAGACAGCAAUAUGUGUUGCAUCUAUAAUUCAAAAAACAUUUGAUAAUGUAAAUAGUUUUUAUUUUAUUGUAAUAACUACAAAUCUUCUAUCAAAA